UACCCACAGCCUCUGUAACAGACAGAACAGAUCUUGACAUUGUGAGGAAGAUGCAUCUCUACAUAAGAGGGGCAUCCAGGACAGGACAGUAGCUCCUAAAGCUGCUGAGACAGUUACAUGCCAAGGACUACAAACACAGAGAGAGAGAGAGAGAGAGAGAGAGAGAGAGAGAGAGAGAGAGAGAGCAAGCCCAGAGGGAAGGACAGUAGCAUUUCAGAGAGGGCAAAACACGGUAGAAGAGGCAACAUUUGCAGGUUUAUUCUGGACCUAAACAGCAAUCCUUAAAAACUGUUUCUCCUCCUCUCUGCACACGGACAUCCACUCUGUCUCUUGCUGUCUGCAGAGAGCUCCCAGUGCUGCUGCUGUGAGGUUAUAGUCUCCGUGCUUCUGUGCACAGCACCAGAAAAGACUGCUUUAUAGUCCGAGACCAUGAGUGAGGCGAAGAAAGGUGAGCUAGCCAUCCGGGAUAAAGCCAUCCUGCACCAGCAGAGGCGUCUGAAGCAGGCCACCCAGUUCACACACAAGGACUCAGCUGACCUCCUGCCUCUGGAUGGGCUGAAGAGACUGGGCACCUCCAAAGACUUGCAACCUCACAGCAUCGUCCAGCGCCGCCUGCUGGAGGGAAACAUCACGCGGCUGCGAGGGGAAGCCCGGGAUGCUGGCAACAGGGUUCGGUCCCCGCUGGCUGACACCAAGGACGGACCCGCUGACGCCGAGGAGAGGAGCGAGAGCACAGCCGACGACUCCACAGAGGAGAGGGAGUCUCUGGAGGAAAGCGAGAGGAGUCUACGGUCGGACGAAGAGGACGACAGCAGCGAAGCCGGAGCCAGACAGACAGCUGAAAAGACUGAGGGCACGGAGAGCUUGACCCUCCUCACAGCUCUGGUUGUUCAAUGCAAGUGCUGCGAGACUGAAGUCAAGGCAUCCAUCAGCACCAGCAGCCAACAUAACCACAUCUCCACCUCCUGCUGUCAGAGGCUGGGCUUGGUGCCCAUUCAGGACAGUUCACCAUGUGGUGUGAGCAGCUCAGUGACGGGUUUGCAGCUGCAGCUGGGCAGACAGACGGUCCAGUGUUCAGCCUAUGUCAAAGAGGAUGAGGCCUUUGAGCUGUGCCUGGGUCUUCAGACUCUGUUGGAACUUAAAUGCUGCCUGGACCUGAGCAGUCGGGUCCUGAAGCUGCAGGGCUGCGGCGAGGAGCUGCCCUUCCUGAACCCUUUGACCGACAGCCAGUGCCAACACGACACCAACGAGAACCUGUGAGCUCGACUCGACGGUGGCGACCACUUUCCUUGAAUCUCGACUGGUUGCCGUUUGUGUCUGGACCGUCCGAUCACAGUGUCUCACAACUGCCAGAACAUGGAUGAGCAUUCGCCACCGUCAUUCUUGAGUUUACAUCAUUGUGUUUGUAGAAUUAAGACAUUCACCAUGAUUAUUUCUUAUAUUAAAUUAGCCUAGUUUACAGAGCGGAUGAAAGCCAGUUAUGAGCCAAUCCGAUCUCUGAGUCUAAUCAUUCUUUAUGAUUAUAAUGUAUAUUCAAACCAAUUCCUCUGUUGAGCUGCUUGGGUACACUGGGAAAGGGAAAACCAUUAUAAUCAUUAAUAAUUAAAGUGAACUUUAGUGGAAUAUUUUGUGAUUUGGCUAUACAAAAAUUUGUGAUAAAGUAAUUAAAAAACUGUUAAUUGUAAACCUUAUCAUUUCAGUUUAGAUGGUGUUAAAGGAAUAGUUUUAUAUUUUGAGACACAAACACGAUUGGUUUUCUUACCAAGCUAUAUGAGAAGAUACCACGCUCAAACUGGUCAGCUUAGUUUAGCAUAAAGUCUGGAAACAGGGGGAAACAGCUAGCCUGGCUCUGUCCAAAGGUAACAAAAUCCGCCUAUGAGCACCUCUAAAGCUCACUAAUUAACAUGUUACACCUCUGUUUAAUCCGUACAAACACUGAAAUGUAAAAAAACAUCAAGUUGCAGUUUUAUGGUAAAGGAAGUCUGUACCAGGCUGAGAAAUAGUCUUUAUCCAUUACUUUAAGCUAUUUCAACCAUUAUCCAUUACUUUAAGAUAACUAAUUUAAAUAUUUGCUCAUUACUUUUAGCUAACUACUUCAACUGUUCAUUCAUUACUUUUUAGCUAACUAUUCCAACCAUUUAUCCAUUACUUUUAGCUAUAUAUUUCAACCAUGUAUUUAUUAGUUUUAGUUAACUGUUUUGACUUCUCUGCUCGCUUGCUAACUAGUUUUCACACACUCUCAAUCACUGGAUUAAACACACAAGACAUAACAUGUUAAUUAGUGAACUUUAGAGGUGCUGAUAUGUAUAUAUUGUUACCUUUGGACAGAGCCAGAUUAGCUGUUUCGCUAAAGUCUGCAGGCUGUAGCCUUACAUUUACCAAACAGUCGUCAAGAAUGUGAAUAAGCGUAUUUACCAAAAUGUCAAACUAUUCCUUCAAGAAUCAACAUGACUCGUCUAAAAAGUGUCGGUACUCAGGAUGCCCUUUCCAGUGUGUUAAAAGGAAAUUUUGAGAAGUCUUGAAGUUUUCAGAAGUCAUUAGGUUUGAAUCAGGCUAGGAUAAUGACGGGCUCUCAUCUUGAAUUUGAAAAGAGAUCUGAGGAAAAUACCGCAGUUUAUGAUGUACUUAUAUUCAGCUUUGUAAAGCCCCUUUACUCUUUCUUUCCCCAUCAGAAGACAGAUGUGGUUAAGGUUUCCAGGAGCACACUUCCAGUCAAUCAAGACAGCCUAGACUAAAUUACAGUAGUUCCCUAUAAAUCCCUUCUAAUAAAAAUAGACUUCAGGCCAGCCAGCAAAACAUAUUUGAGUCAGACUGAGCUACAUAUAUAUCAAAACAUUCCAUCUGCAUGACUUUGUAAAGUUCUGCCUUUAAGUCUGCAUGUUUGUGAACUAGUCUGAUUGUGUCACAUUGAAAGUCUGAAGGGGCUGUGUCUGUGUGUUUAUGUGUGCAUGUGUGUGCGUUAGGAGUCCAAGCAGGGUUUUUCUGCCUUGUUUUGGCUUGUGUUUCACAUGGGAAAAAAGUGGAAUAGGUCCUAUCUUCCCCAAACCGGUCCACCGAGCUCCGGUCACAACAAGCUGCCAAAAGCCGACCCCAGCUGCCUUCCCUCUCUGCCUCUUUCAGGAGAUUUUCAUCACUCGGCUGAGGCUGCGCUCUGUGCCAAGGCCCCUCUUCAAGCUCAUCUUUUUCUUUAUUCGGAGGAACGGUCUUCUUUGUGUAUUUACCGCCUUUUUUGGCUGAUGUUAUCCACUUUGACGCCUCAUGUUUGCUGAUUUGCCUGUCACAAGAAAAGAACUCCCCACUACAGUGCCACCUGCCUCUCCCGUCUCUCAGUGUUUUUAUGGUGUGGAGAAUCAAGAACUGCCUCAGAUCAUGCUCUUCUUGAGCCGUGCCGUGCUUUUGACUGUGCUACAGUAUCCAUCUAACCUCUUUGCGGAGGAUUACUAAUGUUUGUUUCUCUUUGAUGUAGUAGUGACCUUCCUACGCCAUAUGAGAGGAAUCGAUGUAUGACAGAAAUUUAUUUUUGGUGUUUCUCUUCUUCUGAACAGUAUUUUCUCUGCCUAAUAAAAUAUGUAUUCUGGCUA